AUGGGCACGCUACGUCGUAUGCAUCCAAGACUUGCUGCCAAGAUGAUCUCGGACGGUCGUCACAUCCUGAAAGGGGAAUAUCAGGAUCAGGCCACCAAGGCCUUCUUUCAACAUAAACGGCAAGACCCGACAAUAUAUCAAAAAGUUACCAAUGCAGCUACUGGCACUGAAGCGGACGACACCCUUGGUAUGCUUGAAGUGGCCACAGAAUACUACCGUGACCUCUACAAGGCACCCCCGCAAGUGCCAGAUUCAGACCUCCAACAAUAUCUAAGCCCUGUUACUAGCCAACUCAAUGAUUUCGAACGGGCGACACUCAACCGUCCUUUCACAAAGGAGGAGCUCUUAAUAGCGGUCAAAGGUAUGGAAAAAUCCGCAGCCCCCGGAGCUGACGGAGUACAACUCCCAGUCAUCGAAUAUUUAUGGGAAUCACUAGGUCCAAUACUCACAAGGGAAGCUAAUAACAUCAUGCGGACCGGAAACCUUCCGCAGAAUUUCAAGAAAGUACUCAUCACCCUCAUACCAAAACGAGGCAAAGAGGGUGACACGGACAUUGCAAAUUUGAGGCCCAUAUCAUUGACAAACACCACACUCAAGAUAGUGUCAAGCGCAGCGUGCAGAAGACUUCAAAAGGUGCUUGACAAACUCAUUGGUCCCAACCAGCGAGGAUUCAUCAAGGGACGUUUUAUCACUCACAACACGAUGGAAUUCUUCACUAUGGUUCGACUUUUGAAAGAACGUAAAGAUCGGGAUCGCCCUUCCUACUAUCAGGCGAUCUUGAUGGCGGACUUUACGAAAGCGUUCGAUAGGAUCUCGCAUCAAUAUAUUAAUGCUACCCUAGAAAAAAUGGAAUUGGGGACAAAAAUGACAGGCUUACUCAUGCUGAUACUCAAAGGGCAGUUCGGCCAGAUAGUCAUGAACAAUUGUGGAGGGGAUUACUUUCCCUUAGAUUGUGGGACCCGUCAGGGAAACCCGCUAUCACCACUUUUGUUCAACAUCGCUCUAGAACCCUUUUUGUUACACCUUAAGAUAUUGGAAGGAGUCAAACUAAGUUACGGUGACAUCAGUCUAGGACAGAUGCAAUAUCAUGCGUUCGCGGACGAUGUAAACAUAUAUUUACUGAAUCUUCUGGACUACCAGAAAACGGCUCGUUGUAUUAAAGAUUUUGAACGAGUCAGCAAUAGCUUGGUCAGUCAGUCAAAAUCAAAACUAAUUGGAUUCUACAAUGGUUACUCGCGCAAAGAACAAGACAUUCUCCCCUAUCCCCAAUCAUACAUUGGGAGAGAAGACACACAAUACUUAGGCAUCCGUCUUAAAGGGGUGGACUGGCUGAGAUUCAUCAAAAACCUCCCCUUUAUGACACACAAGCAAGGGUACAGGGGCCUCGACACCAUCAACAAAGCCCUCGGUACUAACAUGUUCGUUAGCUCCAAAACUGUUUACAAGGACCUUGUCCAAUGUAUGACAGCCAAGGAGCUCAAAAGAUAG